GACUUCAUUCUCCCAAAUGAUUACAAACCGGAUGAUGAUGACAUGUUCUGUACACCUGAGAAGACGAAGAUACUCAGGAUUCUGAGGUGCAGGUGUUAGAGACAGCUCCAGAACUCAUGGAGAACCAGAGGAAGAGAAGGCGACCUAGGUGGUUCGCUGAGUACACUGAAAUGAAGAAGAAGGCUAGGGCUACUUCGACACUCGUGAAUGCGGACCCACUUAGAGUGGUUGAUCGGAAGCUACUCAGGAUUUUUCACAGUUGGGUACUCGGCCAGAUUGGGAACAAGUAUCCGAGAAAGUGCUUCACCGGUCGAUACGAUUCGUCUUGGUUCCUCGAACUACAUACUCCGAGGAUGUGGCUUGGGAACGAUCAUUUGGAUGCAGCAUUCCAUUUGAUGAGGAGGCGACAACACUUUUAUCCAGAGGUCUACCCAAAUAGAUGUGUCAUCAUGCCGUGUAUUUUCCCAGCAGGAGUUAUUGCUCGGUGGGAAGCUGCGGGUGAUGACCAGGCUAACUAUCAGUGGGAUGAGAGCAUAUUAGAUUUGAUUCGAGGGGAUGAAGGUCAAUUCUUGGCCAGUUGGAAGAAUAAGGAGAGAAUAUAUAUGGCCCUCUACUUCGAUAGUGCAAAGCAUUGGGUGACGCUAGAGGUAGAUCUGGAUCAUUAGUUGUUGAACAUAUUUGACUCGAGUCUCGGAUCGAUUUCCCCGAACGAAUUGAAGAGUCACCUGGCAAUGUGGGAAAAAUUACUACCAACUUUGAUGCUGCAGGCUGGCCUAUUCGAGACUCAUGACAUGAUCCUCGUGCCUCAACUUACCGCCUCAGAGAGCCAGGUCAGAAAUUUCACUUCAAAAGUCAUGGACCGGGGCGUUGUUCGACAGACAAAGACAAGGUAACUUAAUUACAAUUGAUUUUUUUGUUAUUUAACUUGAAUUUAAUUUGCAUACUUUUAUUUAUUUACUUUUUAUUGUCUCAUACAGCGGUGACUGCGGGAUGUAUGUGAUAGAGCACAUCGAGCAUAGUAUGCUAGAGACUACGUUUGAUAAUGUGCACGAUGACAAUAUGAAGAAAUUUAGAGAGCGGUGGUAUGUAGAUUUGUUUUACCAUAAUUUAGCAUGAACAAAUGUGUUUUUUUUUAUUUGGUAUUUAUUAAGAUAACAAUGUAACUAGUUUUUUUAUUGGUAUGUUUAUGUUUUUUUAAGAGUU